AGAGAGAGAGAGAGAGGCUGAGACACAAGCAGAGGGAGAAGCAGGCUCCAUGCAGGGAGCCUGAUGUGGGACUCGAUCCCAGGUCUCCAGGAUCAGGCCCUGGGCUGAAAGUGGUGCUAAACCGCUGAGCCACCUGGGCUGCUCCUGGGUGGUCUUUUUAAGGGCAAUAGAAACCGCCUCGUUCUCCAUUUUUAUGCCUUUCUAGAGAAUUCCCAUUGUUAAUGGGCCUCCAGUGUAGACUGUGCCCUAGAGUAUCAUAGUGCCAAAAGGUUAUGUCAUCAAGACCAGGGCUCCUAAGCCUUUCGGGUCACCUGAGCCCCAUAUCAGACUGCAAGUUCACUGAAUAGCCAGGCUGCGGGCACCGUGUUGUGGAAUACUUAAUGCAGUUCCCAAAGCAGUCCUGAAGGUAGGUGUUCAUGUCCUCAUUUUAUAAAUCAGGAGGCAGAAGCUUAGAAUGGGCAGGGGACUCUCCCAAGGUCACAAGUCUGAAUUCGAUCCCAGGACUAGCUGCACCAAAGCCCAAACUCCCUGCAUGAGGUCAUGCUGCCUCCCCAAAGAAUGCCGGUCAAGGAUGAGAGCUCAUUUCCCUGACUCAAGAUGCUCCCGCAUUGUCUCCCUCAGCUGAGCCCCCUCUUCACGAGUGUUUGAAUUCAACAGAGCAGAUAAGUGGUGGGAGCUGAUACUCUGUCUGGAGCCAAACUUGAGUCUGCUGCCAGCAUGGGUUCCUCUGGCUUCUCAGAGGAGGUUGACUUCUUGUCUCUUGCUGUCGCCUCCCAAGGGAAAGGGGGCCAUGGUCAGAGGGUGCCUCUUCCCCAGCACCCAGACCUAGCUGCAGCUGACCUAAAUGCCAGGCUUCCUGGUGGAGUCAUACCUACAGAUCACCUGGAUCCUCAUCUACAAUCUUUUAUGAUGCGAAGCCCCACAUCAGAAUUAAAAGAAACACUAUCGACAAUUAUAAAAUACUAAAUAUAACUAAGUACAUUUAAAAAUGAACAAUGGUAAAAGCCUUGAAAAUUUUUUCUUUGAUGUGAAUGGAGUCUUUGGCAUUCGGAAAUACAAUAGGAUGAAUUAAUUGCUACUCAUUACACGGCAAGUCAGGAGAAGUAUGAAUGUGCCUUCCCUCCUCCGCUAAUGCCGCUGCCCGACCGAAAUAGCCCCCUUUUGUAUUUACUCCUGCUUUCUCUACUAAUAAGCAAAUUAGAGAUCAUGGCUAGAGAAAUUCAAGUGCCCUCCAUCUUUUUCUCCCAAACCAUCAUAGAGUUUUGUGAUGUUUAUCUACUUGGGGGCUAGCGCUAAUAAUUGCAGAGGUCAUGUGAAUCCACACAGUGCAAGACUGAGAAACAUCUGCAGAAUGACUUUUUAGAAGAGUAUUCUGUGUUUUUGUCUUCUUCUGAAAAAGUGAUUUUGCAAGCAAAUUGCUAUCUUUCCUCUCUUGUAUUAUAUUUUUUGUACUGCGAGGAAAAGUAUAUUUGGGGAAAACAUUUUAAGAGCUGUCCAGAGUUUUUGAAUCCAGGGUGUUUUUUCAACGUUACAUAUUUUCCCCGAUGUAUUGGUGGACUUCCCUAUGAAUAAAAUAGAUUUAGAGGCUUUACCUUUUAAACCGAUGGCCCCUGAACCAACGGUCUGGAGCAUGCUGUUCAUUAAAAUUCCAUAUCUGACAGCUAUGACAUUGUACACGCAAGCUCAUGAACCUUUGUCAUCUUUAAAACUUGUUGAUGGUUAGUGGCGGAAAAUUAUGAGCUCAUUGAUUCCUCAAAAUAAUCAAAAGCCGAGGAAGAAGAGGGAAGUGAGACUAAGACUCACACACUGUCUGGAGGCUGAGGCAUAAGAUGUCCUGGAGUUUGAAGAGCACAUUUGUGAUACCGCUGCCUUCCUGUCACGUAUAUUACAUGUAGGUACUUGGCAAACAUCAUGCACAUUUAAACCGUAACAGGGAGGCAGUCUGCGGGGCCCAGAGAUAUAGCCGCAGCCUUGCUCUGCGUCAUGGAAUAUGAAAGCCUGUUUACUAAGUGACAAUAACAGUUUGAAAGGCUUCAGGCUGAGGAGCUUAUGCGUGACCCAGCCUGCCUCACCACCGCUGGCUGCAGUGGUGAGGCUGUUGACAGCGUAGCAUGCCAGAAAUGGGUCAGGGACGAAAGUCAACUGGGUACUGAGGUCUGCAUCCCUAGGUGCAGUGUUUCAUCUGCCAUCAUUCCUCGGUCAGACGGGCCAUGUGUUUUAGCAACCCCCCUACCCCCCACCCCACUGCUGCAUAAGUUAUUUCCACAUUUCAGGUCAGGGGCUUGAGUUAGGGUUCUGUUGGUAAAGGGAGAUUUGCCUUUUCUUUCUCCAUCCCCAAACUUAUUUGGCUUUUUGUGGCCUCAUUCUUUUGUAAUCUUAGGGAUGGAGGGACUUCAAACCAGUAAUGAGGAUCCUUGUGAAGCUGUCCAGGCUUUUUGCUAGGACACAGUGUUCUUGUUCAUGCAUGCUCUUGUAGAGACACUCACCGAGAGAAUGUCCCAUAAUCUAAGACAUCACAGGGGUAACUCGGUAUUGACUUAACAAGUUUUCAAGAUAAAACAGCGUGCUCAACCUUUGUGAAUCUCACCCGCAUUUCAGAAAUGUUGAUGUGAGAACAUCUGAGAAUAAAAUUACUCUGGUAUACAAAUGUUGCUGAUACUCUUGAAUUUGCCUUAGCAUAGUCGUUCGGGUAGAUUAACAAUCCUUCCACUUCCUCCUUUUUUCUGGGGUGAGUGGUAAGGGUGGAGUGGAAUGUCUAAAAGUCCAGCAUAUUAGACCAGAGUGACACAGAGAAGCAAUUUACUCAGGUCUGACACUUAAGAGUUAUAAUUUCUUCAAAGCCAGGCAUGUAUCUCUAGGCUGAAAAAUGACAAUUUAGAGGCCCUUCCAUUGAAAUCUCUCAGCUUGGCAUCCUUCCGUACUCCCAUUUCAGAUUAAUUGGGUCUACAGCCAGGCUCUUGGUUCCGAUUUUGAGAUAUCACUGGCAGUGCUUAUUAUCUGCAGGGCUGCUUUUGUUUUUUUAGACAAAAAAAUUUUUUAUCCUUUUAAUUUUUAAAUAUAUAUUUUAGAUAAAGGAGGAGAUGUUAUUAAAUGAGAAGGUAGAGUGUCUCCACUUCAAAAGGUAGGAAAUCACGGGUAUAGACAUUUCAGUCCAUUUGCAGAAAAUUGCCUAUUCUCAAAUAGCUAGGUCAAGUGCAGAAAGAACCUCUACUUGAGAUAAAAUUUCCUCUCCACGCUUGGCUUUCUCUCUGUUAGGAUAGGCAGCCAAGAGCUGCCCAAAUUUUGACAUCUUGCUAUCAUUUCACCAGUACUCUCUGGCUUUAUGUUUUAAGAUGAAUUUGAUUAUAAAUGGAACUCGUGCUUAUAGUGACAGAGCCAGAAGGGCUUUGGAGCAUAAAGUAUGAGUCUUCAUUUCAGUGAUGAAGAAAAUUAAGAGGGUUAGGUGACGAGCUCAAGGUAAUGCAAUCCAUUAAUGUCAGGCAGAGUCAGGUUUGGAGCGACAUCUCCAGACUCCCCUUUACUGGGAUGGAGCGAGUUGGUGAGGUGGGAAAGAUUGAUUUGCUCUCUGGCCUUUGAGCAUUUGUUUCAUUUGGGAACCUCCUGGAUGGCUGGAGUCAAACCUUGGAACCUCCUGGAUGGCAGGGUAGUAAGAGUCAAACCUUACUUUAUUUAGCAAAAGAAAAUGGCCCUGUCCUGAUGCUGUGUGACCUAAACAGCAAAGCUGGUGACAUUUCUCCUUUCCUCAUUGACUGAUUUCCUUGUUUUUUGUUUGUUCUUUUCCAAAGAUUUUUAUUUAUUUAUUUAUUUAUGAGAGACACAGAGAGAGAGGCAGAGACACAGGCACAGGGAGAAGCAGGCUCCCUGCAGGCAGCCUGACGUGGGACUCGAUCCUGGGACCCCGGGAUCUCAACCUGAGCUGAAGGCAGAUGCUCAACCACUGAGCCACCCAGGUGUCCCAAGAACUUUUCAGUCAGACUAGCAAAGGGGAACAUCUCCAGCACCUCUGGUAGAAUAAAAGCAGGCUAUGGAGAUGUGGGCGACUCCUUUCCAUUCGCACCUGGACUUCCAAUUCUUGAGUUCCCUCCACCGGGUGUUCACAGACACACACUGUGUUUGGGUGAGCCGAGUCACCCUUGUCAUUAGUGUCUCAUGAACACAGGGGCCACUGAUGGACUUUUGGAAUACAGCCAGGCCCGCGGCUCUUACUCCUCAAUUUUACAUCAGCCAGACCAGCAAGGAGUCUGGGCUGCCACUGUCCCGGCUCCCUUGGCUGGCCCCUGGACAAGUGGUCAGGAUUGUUCCUUGUGGUGGAAGGCGCCUGUGGUUAUACUUGUGACAUUACUUGAGCUCAGAAGUCACCUCAAGGACAUUUAUAACCUCUCAUUAGGGGUUAGGUGGCUUGGGGGCUGGCGUACCAGAUGACGGAUCCAAAAAGACACCACACCAGGGCACUUGUAUUGAUGUCAAGACACUCCUGACAGAGAAGGACGUAGUAGGACUGGACGUAGUAGGACUGGAACAUUUUCUGUUCAUAUGCCUAAGUCACCCUCUGUGGGGAUGAUGGGGCAGGUGGCAGGUGGGGCCACGGGACCAGCUAGGAAUGGAUUGACUGGUGCUGAGACGUGUGUGUGUCAGGCUCAGUUUGGCUUGAGGGCAUUUGCACACCUAGUCAGUUGAUUCCCCUGACAUCAAGAUAAGUCUUUUUUGGGCAUCUCAGUAUCCGAAAUGAUUCGGCUCUUUUAAAAAAAAAAAAAAAAAUUACAGAGGGAGCUAGCCUUAGGUAGAACAUGCAGCAGAUUAGCAAGUGGAGGCUCAACUCAAAGAAUGCCAUCUGAGCAGGGGCAGCAAAGCACCAUGCUAGUCCCGGAGCCAUUCUUUUGGGGACCGGGAAUCCUGCAGGCUAACUGGCCCCUCACAGUGUCAUUCACCUGCAGCACAUGCCCUUCAAGACGAUCCAGUGACCAUGUACAACCCCAAAAAGCUGUUACAUGAGGUUCUUUCUCUUUCUUUUCCAGUUGAGGGCCCGAGAAAUGUAUAAAAUUCAAAAUUUUAUGCAAGUGUUAGGCUCUUUUCCAAGGGGUAAUGUAAGGUUUUUUAAAGUCCACGUGGAAAAAAAUUAAUUAAUUAUUAAUUAAUUAAUUAGAAAGAAAAUCCACAUGGUGUUCCUGGCAGUUACUGGGCCAAAUGGUGUCUAUACCUUGAGAGAACCUAGUUUGAUCUUUUUUAGAAGCCCCUAGUAGUUAUUUUGUAGGUUUGGCUUUAUCAUUAUAAUUUUAAUUUCUCCCUCUGGCCUAGCCUCUGGCCCCUUCAGCAUGCUUGUCCCUCACCUUUGGGUAAAUCUGUAAACAUCCCUUUAUUUUGGUGCCACCAUUUUGUUCGUGUUCUGGUGGAGUCUGGGCCUGGUAUAGAUUGUAUAGACCUUCUGUGAGCACCCAGGAACCGUGACAUGUCUAUUAAGCAUGAAGUUCUCUCUGCCUGUACCAUCAGGCACACGUACCAAGGGUCUGACCAAUUCUCUGUCUACACUGGGGAAGCCACAGAACCAGCUCAGAGGGGUUGGGAGUAGGUUUUGAAAGGGGUGGACUGGUUGCUGAUUGCCUUUCUAGAUCGUUAUCUGGGUCCUACAUUCCUGCUAAAAUGUGAAAAAGACCCAUAGCCCUAUGUGUUCCCCUGUACCUGAUAUUGUGUGUUUGUGUGUAAACAUAUAUAUAUUUUUUAAGUGAAGAAGAAAAAUAUCCCUGCCUUUCUACACAAUUCUUUUAACAAAUUGUUUAUUGUUGUAUCCAGGUAACAAGCAUGGAUCAGACUGCCAAGGAUAAGGCCCUGCAGCACAUGGCCGCCAUGUCGUCCGCACAGAUCGUCUCGGCCACCGCCAUUCACAACAAGCUGGGGCUGCCCGGGAUUCCACGCCCCGCCUUCCCAGGGGCGCCGGGGUUCUGGCCAGGAAUGAUACAAACAGGGCAGCCAGGAUCCUCACAAGACGUCAAGCCCUUUGUGCAGCAGGCCUACCCCAUCCAGCCAGCGGUCACAGCCCCCAUUCCAGGGUUCGAGCCUGCAUCAGCCCCAGCUCCCUCGGUCCCCGCCUGGCAGGGCCGCUCCAUUGGCACAACCAAACUUCGCCUGGUGGAGUUCUCAGCCUUCCUCGAACAGCAGCGAGACCCAGACUCGUACAACAAACACCUCUUCGUGCACAUUGGGCAUGCCAACCAUUCUUACAGUGACCCAUUGCUCGAAUCAGUGGACAUUCGUCAGAUUUAUGACAAAUUUCCUGAAAAGAAAGGUGGCUUAAAGGAACUGUUUGGAAAAGGCCCUCAAAAUGCCUUCUUCCUCGUAAAAUUCUGGGCUGACCUGAACUGCAGUAUCCAGGAUGAUGCCGGGGCUUUUUAUGGUGUAACGAGUCAGUACGAGAGCUCUGAAAACAUGACCGUCACCUGUUCCACCAAAGUGUGCUCCUUUGGGAAGCAAGUAGUAGAAAAAGUAGAGACGGAGUAUGCAAGGUUUGAGAACGGCCGGUUUGUGUACCGAAUAAACCGCUCCCCGAUGUGUGAAUAUAUGAUAAACUUCAUCCACAAGCUCAAACACUUACCAGAGAAAUAUAUGAUGAACAGCGUUUUGGAAAACUUCACAAUUUUAUUGGUGGUAACAAACAGGGAUACACAAGAAACUCUCCUCUGCAUGGCCUGUGUAUUUGAAGUUUCAAAUAGUGAACAUGGAGCACAGCAUCAUAUUUACAGGCUUGUAAAGGACUGAACAUGGUUAUUUAUAUAUAUAGAUAUCUGUAUAUACACACACACACGUAUGUGCGCACACACACACUCUCUCCAUUAUUGAAUGACUGUAAACCUCACCACACAGGGGGGUGCCCUGACCCUGAGGUCACCCUGACUUUUUCUAAAUCCUGUUUGAGUGAAGUCAUUUUUUCAUGUGUUCCUACUAUCAUUGUAGCUGUGAAGUUCUGGUACAGUUGUAAAAAGAGAAAUCGAGUUGUUUCUACGUGUUCUUUAGAUCCACGGCCCACAAUUCCUCGGGAAAGGUGAUCCUUAAGAACCCGGGUCUCUGUCUGCAGAGACCUAUUUCUAAUUGUGGUAGAAAAAAAUUUGAGACAGAGCAUUUGCCAUGGGACAUUUACAGCCUUUAUACAAAUGUAUUUAGUUCUUUUUUUUUUUCCAACAUAAAAUUCUUGUUUUAAGAUACAAGUAAAAUUAAUCUUUAAAUAUAAAUGUAAAUUAGUACACAAAACUAAGAAUCUUUAGACUUAUCUUUGUAACUAAUUAGGGUGGAAGUUAUGAAAGAAUGUAAUUCACUAAAUUAUUUUUUAAAUGAAACUUUUCUUUCUUUUUGAAACCAAAUGUUAAAAUAUAGCCUUAAAUGCUUGGUAGAAAUAUUCUAAUGAGACAAAUUUGUACUUUUUUUUUCUCUCUCUCUCAAGGUUAAAACUAAUCUCUUAAUCCAUUAAACUCUUGAACAGGUAUUACAAAGGAAGAAAACUUCACCCCUUAUCCUUAACAUAUAUAGUAUAUUUAAAAAAUAUAAAAUUGUAUUGUACUAAUGUGAUGAUUAUUUAAUGAAAAAAGAUGGCUCUUUUUGCAAUAAGUAGAUAAAUACUGAAAAUCUAAACGUACAAUGUUUAUAGUCUUGUGUGUGCAGUUAUAUUUUAUAUGGACAACCAAAUUUUUUACUAAGAUGAGUAAAUGUUUGAACCACUGAAAUUUAAUAACAAAAAUUUAAAAUUGGCAUUGAAUACUGCACUGUGAGCUGCAAAGUAUAGAAAAAUCCUGUGGCUGGGAGAAAUUUCAUCAACCAAACAAGUAAAAGGCUCAUCAGUUUUAGCGUCUCUGCUCCCCAGAAACUUGCAAGCAUCCUCACCAGCCUGUGGAUAAAUUAUUUCUGGUGAACCAGCACGCGUAUUAACCUGCUAUAACUGUAUGUGUACUUAUGUGUUUGUGUGUACAUCCACACACAUAUACAUAUAUAGUUAUUAAACACCUAUUUAUUGAACAUCUAUUCAGUGUCACUCAGUUUGCUCGGUGCUGAUAUGUAUGUAUAUCGCAGUCUGCGUCCAUAGAUCUAGAUAUAUUCUUUAAGGACAUCUGUUUCCUCAACGUCUCUCAAUAAGUCACAGUUCUUGUUUGAGGUUUGAGAGGCCCAGUGUUCUCUCGGACUCUUCCAAACAGACUUGUUUGGGGAGGUUCUCUUCCCAGGAGAAAUUCAACUUUCCAACCCAAAAUAUUCCAAAGCAUCACCCAGGCAGAGUCGGUUUGAAAUGGCCACAUGUCUUGGGUUCUUUCCAUAAGUGCUUCAUUGGGAAGGAGACAGGGUAUACGCCCCAACUUCCCAGAGGAAAGUGACAUUUUUUAUAAUUGCCAGGAGUGGGUUAACACGAUAGAACGUGGAAUAAGUUUUGUAAAGUCGUGAAACCUACCAGGGCUUUCUCAUCAAGCUGGAACAUGAUUACCUUGUUCUUUCACAUCCAAGGAACUUACCCCUUUCCCUGUCCCGUUACCUGCUCUGACCCUGCUGGCACAUUGAUUAGAGUGUUUGGUGGUCAUGAGCACGAGGGUGUGGCUGGCUUGUGGCAAAUAGGAGGACACCAGACCAAGCCUGACCUCUCCCAAACUCGUGCCACUGGUUCCUGGGAAGACCAGAGAAGAAAGUGCAAAACUCCCAUUUGGAACACACAUCCCUCAGAUAGGCCGGUAGGAUGAUGUCUGUCUUCCCUCUGCAAAGAAACUAAUGUUUAUUCUCUGAUUCUAAGUGGGUCUUUGAAGGAUUGCCCUAGUCAUCUGCCCUUCCAUCUGGCCUUCCAUUUGGCCUUCUGCCCAGGCACUGAAGCUUCUUCCAUGGUCAUCAUACUUAAUGACGUCUCUUGGUCACCCCUCCUAUGGAUGUUUCUUUUGCUCCUGUCACCUCCAUCUUUCCUUAAGGAAACCCCUCCCUCCCAGGGCCAGGACCCAGUGACAGGGUGUAAAGGAUCUUCUAUGGCCAGAGCCAUCCCAGAACUUCCAGGAGAGAAGUUGGUCUGAUUCACAUUCCCACGCAGGGAUGGAGCUCUUCUGUGCUGCCGGGAGGGCUCUCGGGAUUUACUUUUCAAAGCACAAAUACACCCAAGAAGAGCCCCUACAGGGUGGUUCUGUUGGCUCCAGAGACGGGCAUACCCCAGGCAGGCUAUGCCCCCAUCCCCCAGAUGCCUUCCUAGCUGAGUUUGGGGUAUUUACAAGAACAACCUGGAGGUUUGCUUUUUGCUCUCAAAACAUUUCUAAGAGCCUUAAAAAAUUUACUUCUUGUCUUGUUCCUCUACAAUUUUCUCCAGGGCAGACAGUUUCCCUCUCUUAACCUCUGAUCCCAGUUACCCAAACCCUUAGCCCUCUCUGUGUCUCUGCCAAAUUAGGUGCUGGGGUGGGGUUUGUGUUGUAGCACCUAAUCCAAAUCUGUCUUGGGUCUUUCAUCCUUGAUAGCAGUCUUUUCCCUUCAUCUAUAAAGCUUCCCAAACCGUAAAAAAGCCUUUCCAGGCCUCUGUCCUUAUUGCUUUCUUUCAGAUACCAGAUAUCCUGGUGACCCUGUACUACCAGCAUUGAGUCAGGGACAUCUCAUACUUUUACUAGAGUCUGGAGGCCCAUCUUCCCCAGCCCACACAGGGAGGAGCAGAAGAACUGGACUCUGGUCUGUUGGCAUUUGUUUCCAUCUUAGCAAAAGACCUAAAAUUACUAUCAGGACUUCUUCAGGACAGAUUCUGGAAUCCCAGAAGGUCUAAACUUCUCUGGGCCAGGUGUUCUCAGCGUCUACACUGUUGACGGUUGGGAGCAGUCCUUUGUUCUGCUGAGAUGAUCCUGUGCAUUGUAGGAGGUAUAGCAACACCCUUGGCCUCUCUCACACCCUUCCUGCUGUUGCCACAACCCAGAAUAUCUCCAGAUGUUGCCAAGUGUUCCACGGAACACAGUAUCGCCCCAGUUGAGAACCACUGCCCUAGACCUCACAGGUCACAACCAUAUUUGAGAUUUUCUUUUUCCCUUUGCUAUCCUAGGAGCCUUGUUUCAGGUCGUUAAGAGGCAGGUAGGAAUGUUACUCGAAUGACAUUACUUCCAGGUCUCUUCCCACUCAGAGCCUCUUUCACAGCAGAGUCUGUCCUGCUACAGAGUAUUCCUUCAUCCCUUGAGGAUCUUGGGAACAGCUGGUCACCAUCAUCCCCACAAUCAGCUCACCCGUGUAAGGUGCCUCUGUGAUUCGCUCUUCAUUCCUUAAGUUUACCAGCUUUAAAAGAAGUUCCAGCUGUGUUCAUUAUUCUCGUGAGCUUAUGGGACUCAUUGUCAAAGCUUUCAUCAUUUCGGUAAACUUCCUCUGGUCUUCCUCUGCCCUCUGCCCUACACUCAGUGCUGUUCUUAGAAUUUAUGAAAGCCUUUGGAAUGCUGCACCUUUAAGGAUGGAGGAGAGAGGGACCAGUUCUGGAAGAGGGCUGAUAGAUUUUCCUUUAUUGAGCUAAAAGAGAGCACAAUCUAUUCUCCUUCAUUUAGUGGAUGAGAAAGUUGGGGCCCAGCAGGGAGGUGACUUGCCCAAAGUCACCCAGCUGGUUAGUGACAGAGUAAGGGUGAGGCUCUGGGACCUCGCCACUUAACCCUCAGCCUCUCCCAGUGGAGGUUGGUCCUCUUCGGUGCUCAUGCCUAAAUGAUGCCUACAAAGGUGUGCACAGCUCAGAGCAGAGGACAGAGGGAGACCUAAGAACCCCCCCACCUCGGCCAGAGCACGGCAUCACCCCGAUGCCAACGCCACCUCUCCCACGGAGCCUCGGGUCUGACGGGAGCUACACGAGGCACCCACAAAGCAGAUACAAAAGCUGAUGAGCCUUUUCGCUUACCCUGAAGACCAUUCACCCGCCACAGACUCUGAGUCCAAUCUUUAUCUGCUAAGCAUCCCAGCAGCAAAGUCCCACACUCAGACCAGCCAAAAAGCAGCCCCUGUUCCCAGCACUUGGUGUUACAAGCCCCCAGAUGGCUUAAACCCAAGUCUUCUUUAGGUCUCGAUACUGUAGUGGCUUUAGCGGUCUGUUUUUGUACAACCAUAAAUUAUUUAAAUCAUCUUGAGAUGACAGUCAAUUUUACAAACCAGGUACAUAUAAUUUGUCUAAGUUUGUAUAUGCUCUGUCUGGUACACUACACCUGUCCUGACGAAGGGUAGAACCAAUUCUGUGUGUUGGUGUUCACACCUGUGACAUUGAGAGCAUAUGUCUGCAUUGCUUCUUUCUUUAUGUUGAUAUUUCUGUGGCAAAGCCCUGCACAUGUCAUUUCUGAAAAGCCUUAAAUCUUUUGAGACGUUGCGUGUAGGGUGUGCAGUGCAAAAGGCUGCCUCGGAACUGUGAGCCCUUUUGUAAGCUGGAAGCAUUUCUCUUACUACUGUUACUUUUUUUAGGGAGUUUUAAAUUCAGAGCUGCCAAAGCGUUCCAGUAAGCAGUGCCUUAGUGAUUUCCUAGUCCUACCCAGCCCUCCGCGUCCAUUUACUGAUUGGCCCCGUAUUGGAAACCGCACAGGCAAAAAAAAAAAAGACAAAAACAAAAAAAAACAAAAAACGGUUCUCAUUUCUCUUUUGUAAGCCCAAUUUUCUCCAGCCCUCUAGGGAACCGACCCACCUGGUCGAAAAUCGGAAACUGAACGGCAGUCGGUUCUUGACCGCACUCUCAAACGUAUAUACCAAAACGGAAGGUUUUCCAACUUCGUGGUUUACUAUGAAAAGCAAAUUGUACUUUUAAAGUUGCCUUCGAAAUUCAUGACCAAAUACUUAGCUAUUUAUGAAUCUUCUGCGCUCUAGCAUGGAAGUGCCUUUGGUUUGAGAUUCCAGCUUAGAAAAGUGCUGCCAUAUAACGAUAAUUUGUGUAGAGAGACCAAAAAUAUUCUGAGAUCACCGUAAUGCCUUUGGUUUACCAGGAUGAGUAACCAACCACAGGCCUCUGUCCGCCAGGGCGCGGCAGGACGGCCCCCGGGAACUGUUGCGUCCCGUGUCCGCGCCCCCGGGGGCCCCCGCCCGCCCCCCAGCCCUGCGUCCGCGCCAGGGGACUGCCACGCAGACGACAGACUCUCCGGCCGGUGGACAGCGCUGUCCUUCCCCUCGUGUUCGUGUUCAGUCUCCGUGGAGGCUCUCCUGUCCAUGCAGACGACAGCGCGCACUUCUCUGGUUUGCGCAGUGACACCACUUCUGGAAGUUGGAAGCCUCAAACUGAGAUGCCAGCGCAGAACAACAAACAAAACAAAACAAAAAAUGAGUUAGGGUCAUUACAAUCGAAGUGUUCUUCUCAACGGCAAAAAAACGUUGACUCUGAGUGUUGUGUACGAAUGUGCUAUGAGAAACUUCCAAAGAGCACCAUUCACAAUUCGGCAUUUUCAAAGAAUGGUCCAGCCCUCCAAAGGGCAGCCCUUUAAGAGUCCGCUGUUGGCUUUUAUCCAAACCUUGUGUAGAUUGGGAAAACUGAUAGAGGUAAGGAAGAGGAGUGGAAAGGACCAGAAGGCGAAAACACCAGCCAAACAAAAGCCAGGAGAAAAAAAAAAAAAAAAAAAAUUGUCCUUUACCAAUAUAGACUCCAGAAUGACAUGAGACAUCUUUGAAAGUUAGCCUCUGAACUCUUAAUGCGUUACGUUCUUUCGUCUGUCCCUGGUGUCUUUAAGAUUACCCUGUCUGGGCUCUGAAAUUUCAGGAGUGAUUUCUAUCCACACCAAGUUGUGAGUAUUUAGAGAAAAUUCUACAAGGAAAAAAAAAAUCAAAUGGUGAGAACGAAAAUGAGCUAACACGAGCGGUAGUUAGCCGCUUGAGUUGAGGCCCCCUGUCAGUACUGUACCGCACCUGGACAGAAAUGAAUCAAAUACUUGUUCAUCUGCUUCUCUUUUCAGCUGUUACUGUGCUUUGUUUGGCAAUAGUUUUCUCUCAUAAGCUCGUUGCUUAUAUUGUUCAGAAUGAAGGUUUUUGUGUUUAAAAUUUACUGCAUUGCGAGGGUAGUUUCGCUGAAGUCCUGCACCAUUAACUGAGAUGAAAUAUUGGUAUUUAUUGUCCUACUUCCUGAGGCUGUAGCUUGUUUUAUUCUUUGUGAAUUCGCGUGGGGUCAGUCCCACGCCACACUACAUCGUCUUAGUUUAUUUGCAAUGGCAUUUAUGUUCCCUCUUUCCUCAUUAAAUGGGGUCAGAUUCCAGGAGGUUCCACCUCGCUCAGGUAGACUCCUUCGUCUGCCUUCCAUUACGAGAUGGUUUUCCCUUCCCCUGUCUCUGAGAGGUUAACAGAACCUAGGUAUAAAUCAAUUGGAAACCGGUCUCUUAUUUUAUUGUUGUUGUUAUUAUUAUUAUUAAUUUUGGAUCAGUCAUUUUCUGUGAUUAGUCUGACUGUGUAAAUUAGAUAUUAACUGCACUUCCUAACAACAACAAAAAAAUACAUCUCCCUGUUACCUCCUUGAAAGAUUCACUUCUGUAGGCCUUUGUCCAUAGGCUCUUGCCUGCAGAGAAGGGAAAAAAAAAAAAAAAAACAGUACGUGCCUGAAAAACAACAACAACAAAAAAUUUUGUGACGUUUAAAAAAGAAACCCGAAUAGCCUUUAAUUCUUGAAUAUGCUUAAAUUUUAUGUAAAUUGGUUUUGCCACGUGUGUUCGUUCACGUUCUAAAUGACUUAAUGGGAUUCUCACAGUCGGUGUCUUUGUGUCCCGUGUAUACGAUGGGCUUGUGACGUAAGCGCUUCAUCUGGUCAGUGGUCGCUUUGAUAUUGUACUGCAGCUGGGAGGGGGCUCGGGAACCUGGCCCUGGGUGAUAAGGUUCCCCUCAGUCGAUUGGAGAGAUGGGGGUGGGGGGGCCAAUUCUCACACACGUUUUCUUAAACUAUUUGCAGAAACUUUCAAAAAGGCAUUUGGUUAAACCUCUUGGCAGUACAGUAUUCUUGUAUUUGUUAAUGUCUGUGUUUAGGUACUGGUACCUUUUUGUUUAAAAAAAAUGUUCUAAGUGUUGGCUUUAAAGUGAAUUUAUCUUUAGUAUGAUAGUUAUAUGAAAAUUAUAGGGUUUGUGUGCAGAGAAUUUUUUUAUAAAGUGCUUUGUAAAAAAAAAAAAAUGUAUUCUAGCUUUCGCGGUACAUAUGUGUGAUAACUUUAAUAUCCAUGACAGUUAAGUGCAAUUAUUUCAUCACUCUAAAAAUGCUAUUUUUGUGUCAGUUCCUGCAGGUGUUUUCAUGUCUUUGCAAAGUGACACAUUUUGAUGCCUUCUUGAUAAAGUGGUAGACAUUUUGUAGCUUUCUAGAAACUUUGUAUUCAUACGGUAUCAAUGAAAAAUAAAGAAAAUGAAAGUGUGGGUUA